AUGAAACUCACUUUGCUGGAUGAAAAUUUCCUUUACUACUCUAUAUCUGCGAAAACAAAGGCUGGGAAGAUACUCAACAAUGUCGUUACUCAUCUUAAAAUAACUCACCCUCAGUAUUUCGGGAUUAAAGUCCAGGAUAGAAUGCACAACUGGCAUUGGCUUCAUCUUCAGAAAAAUAUCUUGUUUCAAAUGAAAUUACUUGAUAGCCCACCAGUCGUAGAACAAUCUGUGAAACAAGCAUCAAAUCGUCAAGAUCCUCAGUGUAUACCAUCAAGAAAUGUGAUUCCAGUUGAAUCACAGCCGAUGACUAGCCUAACGGAAAAGUUCAUUUCUUCGUUUCGAACAUGUGGUCUAAAAUCUUGUGCAUCGACAUCAAGACCUGGAUCAACUCAUGCCUAUGUUAAAAAUGUCUACAAACCACUUACUUUAAUUUAUCAAGCUUAUCUUGGUAUCAAAUAUUACCCUCCAGAUCCAACAAUUAUUGCAGAUGAACAAACAAGAUAUCAAAUUUUUAUUCAAGUCCGAAAUGAUUUAAUUAGUGGACGAAUGCAGGUUGAUGAAAAUCUGUUUGUCACAUUAUGUGGAUUAAUUUUACAAUCUGACUGUGGUGACUACGGCGCAGAUCGUUUAGGAUCGAAUUAUGUAAAGCAGUUGUUAAAACUUCCUAAUCUUAAUGAACAACUUGAGAAGAGAAUAAAAAUUAAACAUGAAGAUUGUCGAUGUCGCCAACCUGCCUUGGUGGAAUAUCAGCUAUUGGAUAAAGUGAAACAACUGUCAACAUACGGUCAAAUAAAAUUUCACAUUAAAGGUACACGAUUCACAUAUCGUUGUUCUGUUGAUAAUUCUGAGACAUGUAAUUCCUUAUUGGAAACAUGCAAAAAUUAUUUAAACUUUUAUAGAAACGAAAUAUCUCAAAGAAUAAUAAAUGAACCUCAUCAGUCACUGGUAAACGGGGAUUUAUGUUCUAAUUCUACUGCUCAGCCAAUCUGUUAUACCAAUUCUUCAUUAGAUAAGACUGAAUCACCGUUUAUUGGAAAUGAAAGUAGUUUGUUACCUGAGUCUAAUAAUCCAAUACAUAUGAAACAAAUAACUGCAAGUCUAAUCGUAAAUUUUCUAUACUUUUUACACUGUAUCAGCAACCCAAGACCAUUAUAUUCAAGUCUUAUUGAAUUCAAUCCCGGUUACUUAGUGAAAUCACCUGUUCCCCCGAAUAUAAAUACAAUUCAUGAUUCCAAAUGUACAACAGAUUCAUGUGAUUUUCAUCAUCAACAUCAUCCUACUUCACACUAUUAUUUCGACACAAACGUAAAUGAUUCAUACUAUAAUCAUUAUUACCAUCCUACUGCUAUUCCAAUCAAUCCAUAUCAUGUACGUGGUACAAGUGGUGUGUUUUAUCGUCCACGAGGCUGUGAAACUGUCACCGAUAUUGGUGAUCAUCCUCAUAUUUACGCCAACCGUCGUUCACAUUGUCCAAAGUAUAAUCAUGCUCGUCUGAUUAUGAAUGAUCCGAAUGAAAUCAAAUUCAAACACCGUCGAAGAUCCUUUCCUAAAACCAAACAUUAUUUUAUUGAGGAAGAUUUUAGCGAAGAUCAAUUUUUACAAAAGCAUUCUUCAUUGUGUCCAACACUACAUACUGACAAUUGUCAAUUUUCUCAGUGUAGAUCGAAUUCAGUGGCCAGAUCAUCAGCUUAUCGUGAGUUUCAUCAAUUGGAUACAAUACUACCGAUUACCACUUCGUCAUUUAAAGCAUCGCCUCAUGGUAGAGCGGCAACUAGCAGAGUCCCAAGGCGAAGCCAUCGAAUUCUACCGAGACCAGUAAGUCGGUUAGACAGAUAUCCAGAACGGUGCUCGUCACCGGUAACAACUGAUGAUAGUCAAGAUACUAUUGAAAAUCAUGAAAGACACGAUGCUAAUAAUCUCCAUGAAGUGGAAAUUAAAAAUCACAAUAAUAUUAAUAAUAACCAUGUCUUCCCUAAAAUAUCUAGUAAGCCUGUAACAAACAAAGAAGAUAAGUGUAAAGUAAACCAUGCCUUGGUGGCCUCUGUAGCACAGGCUUCUACUCUAAACAACUCACCGAAUAGAAAUAAAUUGGAUAAAGAAACACAUGAAUUGAUUCAAAUACGCUCAAAUGAACAAGGCAUGCAACAUAUUGCUUGUAAUUCUCCUAGAGAUUGUCUUAUUAAUUCAUCGAAUAGAAGGAUUGCAAAUACAAAGAGUCCUAUCAGUUCGUCACCACGACCACCUAUAUCAAUAACUAAAUCAAAUUUACAUCUAAAUUCUUGUAGAUCGAAUGGUAAACCAAGUCAUCAGUUUAAUUCUUCUUGGUAUCCUACAAAAUGUACAAUUAACAAGAAUGAUAAUGCUUUUGUUCAUCAUCAGCAUCCCAAUUUACCGAAUUUUUCUUGUACACGAGGAAGAGACGAUGGCAAAGAAGAAAUUAUUAGUAACAAUGAUGAUGAUGGUAAUAAUAAUAAUGACAGUAAUGAAAAUGAAGAAUAUUCGCAGGGUUUGACAGAUUUAGAACAUGGUUUAUUCAAUAUGAAUCAGUAUGCUACAACAAUGAAUCUAGGGUCUACACCAACAGAUACAUCAUUUUGUUCCUCAUCAAUGUACUGUGUCGAAGAAAGUGAAACCCCGAGUCUACUGAAAAAUUGUGAUAUUAAUUCAGAAUUAUGUGGAUCGAUUUGUACAUCUUUAAUGGAAUUUCAGUUGCCACCGACACCAAGUUCAAGUCAUAAUCAGAAUAGAACUAUUGCUAAUGAACGUGUUGAAGAAAGCAACUCUGAUUCUAAUCUUCCUUCUCCUCCAUCUAAUGAUUUUCUUUAUCAAUUAAGAAAAUACAAAUUAGACAAUGAGAAACAGAUGCUGGAAAGUAACUUUGAAAAUUUAAAUUGUUCAUCGAAUGUUGUUGAAAAUACAAGUAAUGAUACUGGAUUUUGUUCUCGAAGUGAAAAUAAACGAGGUCGUAGACUACCAUUAUUGCCCUAUGAAAGAUCUAUGCCAGAGCCAAUUCAUUCAAACAGAUCAAUCAUGGUUUCGCCAAUGGCAACAGCGACUUCAACAUCCUCAUCGUCACCAAAGACAAAAACUACAGAAAAAACAGAGUCAAUGAAAAUUAAUCGACCAAAUGUGACACAAUUUCUGUCACCCACUCCAUCACCUAGAAUGUCCAAAACUAUUGUAGAUCAUCAAGAACAUUCACCAUCAUAUACUAAUCCGAUGCAAGGAAUCAAUGAAACGGAAAUUUUUCUGCAUCCUGAUGAGGUUUCAGAAUGUGAUCUUGUUUAA